AUGAAGACUGCCAUCCCAGCGCCGGUCGCCGGGACCGGGGGUGACGCCGGUGAUUCCGGCCCGGUCCGGCGGGCUCAACGGCUGUCCCCGGCUGCAAGAGCUGCUUUACCCCGCCCAGGGAAACCCCGAAGCAUCGAGGAACGCGUCAAGCAUAUCUUGCAUUACACACCCUUGAUCGAUGGCCACAAUGAUCUCGCCAUUCAGAUCAGGGCACGUUACAACAACCACAUCUACGACGAGACCUUCUCCAAGCCCUUCGCCGAGGGCGGCAUGCCCGCGCAUGUCGACCUGCCCCGUCUCAAGGCCGGCAUGAACGGCGGCGCCUUCUGGAGCGUCUUCUGGCCGUGUCCCGAAAACGGAACCGAUUAUUCGGACGAGAACUACCGCUCUAUCGUGCAAGACACAUUCCAACAAAUCGACCUCCUCUCUCGGCUGCGCGCCGCCUACCCCUCCGUCUUCUCCCCGCCGACCCUCACCCGCCAUGCCGCGCUCUGGCACUUCCACCGCCACGGCCAGCUGAUCUCGCCGCUGGGCAUCGAGGGCUUGCACCAAAUCGGUAACUCGGCCGCCGUGCUCCGCCAGUUCCACGCCCUCGGCGUCCGCUAUGCCACGCUCACCCACAACUGCGGCAACCGCUUCGCCGACGCCGCGCUGUGGGAGCGACCCCUGCGCAAAGCGCCGCCCGUGUGGGGCGGGGUUAGCCCCGAGGGACGGAGGCUGAUCCGGGAGAUGAAUCGCCUGGGCAUGAUUGUCGAUUUGGCGCAUACCAGUGUCGAUACCAUGCUAGAUGUGCUGGGUGCGAGGAAGGAUGUUGACGAUGGGUGGGAGGGGAGCAGGGCGCCGGUCAUCUUCAGUCACUCGAGCGCGUACGCGGUGUGUCCGCACCCCAGGAACGUGCCGGAUCAGGUGCUGGACCUGGUCCGCGAAAAGGGCGGGUUGGUCAUGGUGAAUUUCAGCCCGGACUUUGUGUCGUGCGUGGGAGCGCCCGACAGGGAGGAUGGGCUGCCGGAUUUCUAUCCCAAGAAUGCGACGCUGCAGCAGGUGGUGAGGCAUAUUCUGCAUAUUGGGAAGAGGAUCGGGUUUGAGCAUGUUGGUUUGGGGAGUGAUUUCGAUGGGAUUGAGAAGACGCCCGAAGGGCUCGAGGAUGUCUCCAAGUUUCCGGCUUUGGUGGCCGAGCUGCUGAGACAGGGAGUGAGCGAUGCGGAUGCCGCUAAGGUGGUUGGCGGGAACCUGCUCCGUGUCUGGGCCGAGGUGGAUGCCGUUGCUGAGAAGCUGCAGAAGGCGGGCGAGCCGGUGUUGGAAGAUGAGCUGCCUGGGCUCUUCUCGACCGGAUCUCACGCCGUGCCGGACGAGCUUUGA